AUGUCGGACGAUGACGAUAUGUGUGACAAUGAUGACUUCGAUCUCGAUUACGAAAAUACCGAUGAAGAGCCCGAUGCUGAUCUGGAAAAUCAAUAUUACAACUCGAAGGCUUUAAAAGAGGACGAUCCACUCGCUGCUAUUGAAAGUUUUAAAAAAGUGCUAGAAUUAGAAGAGAAAAGCGGAGAAAAGGGCGACUGGGGGUUUAAAGCACUGAAACAAAUGAUGAAGAUUUAUUUCAAAAUGGAAAAUUAUGAAGAAAUGCUCAAGUGCUACAAUAAAUUAAGCAGCAGUUUUCAUUACUUGAACAGAGCCGCGUCUUUUCCGCCGUGCAAUAGAUACCGAAGUUCGAUCAAUUCUGUGUUGAAAUAUAUCAAAUCUGCUGUUACACGGAAUGUUAGUGAAAAGUCAAUCAAUUCGAUUCUUGAUUACAUUUCAACAUCGAAAAAAAUGAAUUUACUACAAAAUUUCUAUGAAACAACUCUAGAUGCCUUGAAGGAGACGAAAAACGAACGACUUUGGUUCAAAACCAAUCUGAAAUUAGGUAAAUUAUAUGAAGAACAACAAGAUCAUGCUAAGUUACAAAAGAUUCUCAAAGAACUACAUAAGUCAUGUCAAACAUCUGAAGGUAUUGAUGAUCAACGUAAGGGCACCCAAUUACUUGAAGUAUAUGCAUUGGAAAUUCAAAUGCACACAUCGCAAAAAAAUACCAAGAAGUUAAAACAGCUGUAUGAAUUAUCAUUGCACAUUAAAGCUGCCAUUCCUCAUCCACUUAUCAUGGGUGUGAUACGAGAAUGUGGGGGCAAGAUGCAUCUUCGAGAGCAAGAAUAUGAAAAAGCGCAUACAGAUUUCUUUGAAGCAUUUAAAAGCUAUGACGAAUCUGGCUCACCACGUCGUACAACAUGUUUGAAAUAUCUCGUUCUAGCGAACAUGUUAAUGCGUUCAACAAUCAACCCAUUCGAUUCUCAAGAAGCUAAACCGUAUAAAACCGAUCCGGAAAUUCAAGCAAUGACCAACCUUGUGGGUGCUUAUCAAAACAAUGACAUCAAAGAAUUCGAAUCUAUUCUUCGGAUUAAUCGCCAAGCGAUCAUGGACGAUCAAUUCAUUCGCGAACACAUCGAAAUCCUUUUACGCACGAUACGUACGAAAGUGCUCGUUAAACUAAUCAAACCUUAUACAAAAAUCCGCAUCGAUUUCAUUGCUCAAGAACUGAAUAUUCAACCGGAAGAUGUCGAAAGUCUUCUGAUAUCAUGCAUACUCGAUCAAACAAUCACAGGCAAGAUCGACCAAGUCAAUAAAGUUCUUCAACUAGAUCAGCAACAGAAUAUCCAAGGCUUACAUCGGUAUGCGGCUAUAUCAAAAGUUUCUACUCAAUUACAAAGUGUUCAACACACGAUUAUACAAAGAUUCAAUUGA